AACUUCAGUUACUCUUACAUAGUAUUUGUAUUCUCUUGUCAGUUACUAUAAUGUCACAGUAAUGUGGUCAAUCGGAAAUCAUAAUGAAUUUUUUGCUAUAUUUUUACCUGUUUCUGAUUAAAUAGUUUUGUAAUUAGAAUAUUUAAAUGGGACAUUUAAAUUGUAUAACGUGUUAUGGCAAAAUCGUCAUACACAGCUCAGAAUCAUCAAGAUCACGUACGCUAUUUGGAAAUGCUAAAAGAAGAUUUUGUAAAGAAAUUCAACGACCCGCCAACUUUCGACAAGACUUCUGAUAAUUACGAUAGAAUUAAAGCGAUCGGAAAUGGAGCGUAUGGAGAAGUAUUUUUAGUUAGAGAUAAAAGCUCCUUUACGUAUCACGCCAUGAAAGUGGUUGAAAAAAGGGUUGUUUUUGAAAGGAAACACGUGAAGCAUUUAAUAAUAGAAAAGAAAAUAUUGCAAUGCAUUCAAUUUCCUUUCGUAGUAACGUUAGACGCCGCUUUUAAAGACAAUCUGUAUUUGUAUUUCAUAUUGCCAUACAUUGCGGGUGGAGAGAUGUUCACAUACAUACAUAAAUAUGGAAAUUUUUCAGAUGAAUUAGCAAAAUUUUACGCGAGUCAAGUGAUACUCGGUUUAGAAUAUUUGCAUUUUUGUGAGAUUGUACACAGGGAUAUAAAACCAGAAAAUAUUUUGGUCGACGCGAAUGGCUAUCUCAAGCUAUGCGAUUUUGGAUUCUGUAAGGUUUUGAAGAAAAAGACUUGGACAUUGUGCGGCACGCCGGAGUAUAUUGCACCUGAAGUAAUAAUGUCGAAAGGCUAUUCUUUCGGAGUGGAUUGGUGGGCGCUAGGCGUGUUAAUUUUUGAAAUGCAAGCAGGACACCCGCCGUUCUUCGCAUCUGAUCCCAGCAAAUUAUAUGAAAAAGUACUUGAAGGUCAAUAUAAAUUCCCAGAAACCUUUAACGCUGAGUGCAAAAAUUUAAUAAAAGGAUUAUUACAAGUGGAUCCAUCAAAACGAAUUGGUGCGUUAAAAUCAGGCGUGUAUGAUAUCAAAUGUCAUUCUUGGUUUAACAGCAUCGAUUGGCAAGCAAUAUUGCAUCAGAAAUGUGAACCGCCUUUUACGCCGAUAUGCCAUUCGCCUGGCGACACGAGUAACUUUCCCGAAAUAUCACAACCUAGGCUCAAAAAAUCUUCAGUUUGUUUCUAUGAAAAGGAAUUUGAAGAUUUUUGAGAAACAUUAUUGUGGUAUUCAUAAUCACAGGAUUACGUCUACUUGUCUCAUAAGAAAAACCUUGAAAUGAAGAUAAAAUCAUGGAUGCAUAAGUGAAUUUUAUUAUAAUGUAGUUAUUUGAGUACAGGGCCCUUAUUCUGUAUGAUAGUGUAAACGCGUAACGCGGCCGUGUCAUGUUAUCUUCGAGAAAUGUGUGUGGAAUGGUAUUCUGUAAGCCAAAUUGCUAUAGUCCUAAACAUGAUGCGUUGUGUUACGUGCUUGUUACACACUGUCAAAAUAACGUGCGGGAUAGAGAAUAAGGCUCCAGUAAUUAAAAAUAAUUUUACUUACAUUUUAAAGUCUUUUAUGACAUAAUCUGUAACUAUAGUCGCAUAAAUAAAGCAAUUAAUAAUUUAACGAGCUGUAA